GGCGUUUGUAAAAAUAAUGUAGUUCAAUUAGUCAUGUACAUGAUCACUGUAGAAACAGUUUUUUUCUCUUUCAGAUACUGAUAGUAAAAGCAAGUAUUCAUUUUACCCAUAGUAUUAGCGACCUAGAUAAGUUUACUGCUGCUCCAUUUCGAUAGCACGGAUACAACGUCAGUCGUGUUGAGUGCUGUGAAGAAAGCGGUCAUGUGGUGCCGCAAUCCAGUGUUUCUACCUAGCGACGAGGUUGGCGAUGAACGCGAUCAGCUACAAGAUGUUGAACAGCGCAAAGCUGAAUGUGCCGCUAACUCUUCAAAGCAAGAGUCGGACGAACAGGACGAAGUGGCCGCAUCGGGUGGGACUGAGCCCCAAGCUGAAAGGCGACCGAGUCAGGACAGUACGAAUGUGGUGAAACCCCAGUUUGCAUUGGCCAACAAGGAUAGAAAGAACCUCUGGGCGAAAAAGAAGUCCGAGGCUAUAAAAGUGUACUUUACUGAAGAUCAUCCGAAACGUGAUCGAGUGCUACCCAUUGCCAGCGAAUGGAGCCAACAUUGUAGUAUUUCAUUCGUUGAAGUGACAGAUCGAAGCGACUCGGAAGUGCGAGUGUCUUUCAAGGAAAAGGAGGGCUCGUACUCCCGUGUGGGGACGGAUGCACUGAGGAUUCCUAAAGAUGAGUGCACGAUGAACCUUGCUGUGAUUGACAAGUCAACUGUACUCCACGAAUUUGGUCACGUGCUUGGUCUACUGCACGAACACCAGUCACCCAUCAAGGGCAUUGUGCUCUGGAACGUGCCCAAGGUGAUGGCAGAGUUCACGGGGUCACCAAACUACUGGGAUGAGGAGCAGAUCCAGAGACAAAUCCUGGAACCGUUCAAGGCGGAUGAUGUUACAGGCUCUACAUACGACAUGCAGUCCAUCAUGCACUAUAGAUUUCCUAAAGGGUUGAUAUUGAGCAUUGAUGGGAGGCCGACACAGGAUUCUGAUUUUCCCGUGAUAUCAGAGCUUUCACCGACGGACAAACUCGUUGUGAGGAAACUCUACGGUCCUCCUGGCACAAAGCCAGCACCACCAAAGGAAGAACCGCAGACUCUGCCUGAAGAUGCUGACAAGUCAAAGAAUCACAUCAGCCCUGGAGAGGAAAUGAAAUUCACGUUCACAAGUGAUCCAAAAGAAAAAAGAAAGUACACAAUCGAGACGACUGGCGAUGAAGCUGACCUGGCACUCACCCUGUAUGGUCCUGACAUUGAAACACGUUUCAUCGCUGCAGCCACUGAUGGUGGUGAGGAUGGUAACCCGCGUGUUGUGCACCCUCUUCUCCCCGCCAAGACCUACUAUAUUGUGAUCAGGGCCUUUGCCAAAGGCGGAGCGUUUGCGCUGAGGAUAUCGACGGUUUUUCUAAAUAUCAAAGAUUGUACGAACUUAGACGUUGCGACUUCGGCGGCUAUCAACAUGAAGUCAGUCAAGUCAGUCAAGUGUCAAGUUCGGCAAGAAGCGUGUGUUUCUAGUUGGAACAAUCAACUUCAUCAAAUAUUGUAUUAUUUAUUUUAUGGCUCAAAUCUGAGUCAAAGGUUAUUCUAGUACUUGAAAUAGGUAUAUUCAAAAAGAUUUUUCCAGAUCUUUUGUUGACAGUAGACCAAGAGUGCUGUCCAGCGCUGUGGAGAUUUUCCUAGUACACCGUUGGUCGUGUAGUUGCAGCAUAGCUGAGGUGACCGACUGGGUUUACUGUGUUUGCCUUGACGAAUGAGUCUUGCCGCCAGUA